GUUACAUUUUAUCACAUAAAAUAAUUAAAUGGUUGAUGUUACAUAGGAAGCGAUAUACUAACGAUCUACUAACUAAUUAUAUUAACCCCGUGAAAGUGUAAUUCUAGAAUGGUUAUUGAUGAUUUUAGCAAAUAAUGUGAAAACCGGAAUGGUUUUUUAAAAUGUAAAAUCGUUAAAUCAAUGUGAUCCGCCCGAUAAGAUAAAUCUCCCAUUUGUAUUACAUCACCCGGAUUGAAAGUAGGAUUUGUUUAUCUUGCGCUUUGCCCGUGAUUUCGAUCGAAGUUGUUGUUUUACCGUUUGCCAGUGCAGGAACAUAUAACAGAUCGGUAAUCGCCAGUAAACAGUUCAGUGUAUCGUUCCCCGCUGAAGAGUGGUCAAAAAGGUGUAAAAAAGGUGUGACAAUGGUGCAAGAAUCUAAAUCUGAUCUAUCGCAGGAACAGGUAAACGUUACCGAAUCCAGCCUAAACGGCCCAAUAGUCUUAGAAGCAGUCGAGGAAACAAAUAAUGUCACGGAAGUAUCGGAAAAGGAACCAAUUUCCUGUGAACCACAUAACAGUAACUCGAGUGAACUACCCAAAUUCUUCUACACAGCGAUGGACCAGGUAGCCAAAAAUGAAGGAUUCACUGUUGGCCAAUACACUGUUGAAGUGGAAGAUGGUUCCAGCAAAGGUGAUGGAUUUGUCGGUGAAUUAUUCAGAGCAUUUCUUACCGAAGGUGAUCGUCGGGAGGUGUACCUAUGCAAGAUUCCUCCCUUAAACGAAGCACGCCGGGAACAGUUCGGAACGAUGCAGAUUUUCGAACGGGAAGCGCUCGUGUACAAUACGCUACUUCCGCUCAUGUUCGCUUAUCAGGAGGAGAAAGGCAUUAGUAGAGAGGAAGGAUUUUUCAGCACCCCAAAAUGCUAUUACGCACACUACGAUGGGCAGACCGAGGAAGCGAUUAUCGUAAUGGAAGAUUUACGUCUAAACAGCUACAAAAUGUUUAACAAGGACAAGCCAGUCGAUUACGAGCAUGCCCGGUUAACGAUGGAACUGUUGGGCCGCUACAAUGCGGUAUCGCUGGCAAUGAAACAGGAUCGACCACAGGAGUUCGAGCAGUUUAAGGUGCCUGAUCCAAUGAAGGAGAUGAUGGGCCCUGGAAAUCCAUUCAUAAUGAUGCUCCAGAAGACGGCAAUGGAUGCGAUAGAAACGCUUGAACCACAUGAACCGAAAGAACGAAGCAAAAUGCAGAAACUUCUCGACAAUUUAAUGGUGGAUAUUGAACGGUACGAUAAUUUUGAGCUAGCAGAACCGUACGCAGUACUCGGACAUGGUGACUGCUGGAUCAACAACAUGAUGUAUCGGUACCGGAAAGGGGCACCGGAGCAAGUCAUUCUGCUCGACUGGCAAUCGGCACGCUACUCGUCACCCAUCCUCGACCUGGCGUACUUUAUCCUCUGCUGUACGGAUGAAGAAUUUCGCCGGCGACACUACGACGAAAUGAUGAACGUUUACUACAACUCGCUAGCGACGCUGCUCGAAAAGCUUGGUCACAGUCCACAGCAAAUCUUUCCACGAACCGCUUUCCUGCGUCAGCUGCGACAGUACGGUCGGUUCGGAUUAAUGUUAGCUUCGUUUGUUGUGCCGAUGCUGUGUACGCGCAGUGAGGAUCUGCUCGAUAUGGACGCAACGGCAGAAAUGUUUCGCGAAACGCAGAAUGUCGAUAUUGCCAUCUACACGAAGAACACAGACCAGAGCGCUUAUCGUAAGCGGAUGAGUGCGGUGAUACGGGACACUGUACGCUAUGGCUAUAUUUGAUUCGCAUGGUCAAAAAGUUGAUUUUACAUUCCUUACAAAGCAGUGCAUAAAGUAGAAUUUGUUUCCAUUCACAGGAACGAUUGGGCAUGUAAAAUAUAUGUUUAAUUUGUUUUGUGAUUCAAAAGAAACCGGUUAUUGGGCGGUAUCCAUAUUUCUGCUUAUCUUC